CCAGCUAACCACAUCUACAGCGCCAGCCUCAGACUUGUGUUGUCCUUCUCCUUCCGCAGCAGCCAGUGCUUGCCUUGCCACGUGAUCACGUCACGUCCCUUGCAGGCAUACGGCGAGAACUCUAACGUGUCUGUUUAAUUACCGCCUCCUACCUCGUCGCCUCCCUCCCCCUACCGCUUUCUGCAGCGACUGCGCCGUUCGCGAUGGCUGCUACGGUCUCCCGCGCGCUGACCGUCACAUGCGCGGCGGCGGCGCGCCACGUCACGGCGGCGGGCAGCAGCAGCGCGCAGCAGCAAGUGCAAUGGACGGCGAGGGCCCUGGAGAACAAGCCGAUGUCGGAGCUGCGCGCUCUGGCGAAGCAGCGCGGAUUGCGGGGCGACACGAAGGCAGAGCUCAUCGCACUGCUGACGUCCACAGGCAACCUCAGCGCAAGUUCCGCCUCCGUCUCCGCCUCCGCUUCCGCUUCCGCCAGCGCGGCGGGCGCGGAGGGGCAGCGGCAGCGGCAACUGGACGUGCUCCCGCUGGCGCAGCUGCGCGCAAUGGCGCGGAGCAGAGGGCUCAACGCGUCCGGCAGCAAGGCGCAGCUAGUUAAAGACCUAUUAGUCGCGGAACUCGGCUUGACUGCAUCCGCGCCCUCCACCUCCACCUCCGCCCUCCGUGGCGCUCCUCCGCCUUCUCCCCCUCCCGCGUCCCCCUCCGCCUCCGCGCCCUCCGCCCCCGCGCCCGCGUCCCCAAGCAAGACGUGGAAGAACCAGCUGCAGGCGCAGCCGCUGUCCGCCCUGCGCGCCCUGGCGCGGGAGCGGGGGCUGCGGGGGGACACGCGCGCGGAGCUCAUCACAGCGCUCAGUGUGGACCCGCCCGCAGGCUCGGAACUGCCGGGCCUGGUGCCAAACCUGCCAGCCUCGUUCGACCUGCCGUUCCAAUCGGAGGUGCAGGCAGGGGGCAGCGCUCUGGAGCCAGCACAGGCGUCCAAGCUAGCAGCAGAGCUGGCGUCACUGUCAGCGACAAUGCAGGUGCUGCAGUCAAAGCAGGCAGCGCUGUCAGGCGAGAGGGACAGCCUGCGGGAGCAGGCGGAUCUGCUGAGGAACGUGCUGGUGGGCGGGCUGGGACUGGCGCUCGUACCGCUGCUGCUGCCGCUGCAGGCCACCAACACCGCCGUGCAAGGGAGCUCGAGUGUUACUGCGAGUGUAACCCAGGCCCUGCCGCCCCCAGCACUGCCUGCCCCCGAGGUGAGGGAGCUGGCUCCAGAGGACUUCUGCCGCACGCUCCCCGCGUCGCUGCUCUCGCCAGACCUCGCAAGAUUCUGCCAGGCAGUCAACGACCUGGGGCUGUGAUCGGGGAUGAGAGGGGGGGUGAGGUGGGGAUGGGGGGGAAGCCGCUCUGAUUGUGAGGGGUGGGGAGAUGGGGCGUUGGUUGGGGCAUGGGGACCCAGGCGUCGCUACUCCAGGCGCCGCUGCUCCAGGCGUCGCAAGAUUCUGCCAGGCUGUCAUCAACCUGGGGCUGUGGUCGACACCUCCGAUUGAGGAUGCUUGCGGUGUGCGGGGGCCAGAAGGUGAUGGGGGAAAGCUCUGAGCACGGGGGGUGUGGGUGUGGGUGUGGGUGUGGGUGUGGGUGUGGGUGUGGGUGUGGGGUGUAGGGCGUAGUGUAGGGUGUCAGGUGUUGUGUUGUGUCGUGCGUGUGCACGUAAGGACGUGUGAACAAGAGCUUCGUUUGGCUACCUACCUACCUGCUAUCGGUAUCGCAUAGCAUCGGCUCUUUUCAUUCUCACCGACAUUUGCUCGUUUUUGAGCAAGUGGUGCUGCUGUUGACCUGUGCUAAGGCAAGGAGGGAGCCACUGGUUUGCCAUUAUACUUUCUUGUCAUCGCCAUUUACCGUAUCUUUGCAUUUGUUACAUCAACAAUACACGUGUAUGCUGAUGUUUCUAAAC